UCGGGUCUGGCCCCGCGCCUAGCCGGAGUGAGAAGGAAGGAGCCGCGCGCGGGAGCUGCCUUCUUUGCUUGCAGCUUCCUGGCGAUCCUCCGGAGGACCCCCGACCCCCGCAGUAAGAGGUCUAGGGAGAAAGCUCGCAUCGCGCAGGGCGCAGGCUGGCGGCGUGGAGGGGCCGCCGCUGAUGGUGCGCCCGGAGGGCCUCGGGUUCCCGUCGGGUUUGUUAAUCCGAUGGCUGUCGGGCAGUGGCCUGCGCCGGCCUCGGCUCGCCGGCCUCCCGCCCCAGUACCCAAUAUCCUGCUGCAGCGCCUCGGCAUCCCUACUCUUCACAGCUCCGUUCCUGUCGUGUCCUUUCUUUGUCCUCAGCCCUUUCGUCCUCCGCAGCUCCCUCCAUUACCUCCAGCUCCACUGUGUCACCGACCUCCUUAUGCCCCCAACUAGCCUGCAGCACAGAGCUCAGCUACAGUCCUGAGAUGUGGAGGGCGAAGGCUCAAGCCGGCAUCCAAGCAGGUGGAUCAGGAUUCUCCCUCCUCCUGGUGUCCUGGGACCAGCUGUCCCUCCCUGCCAACUCUCCACGACUGGAUGGCCAGAAAGCCCCCUUUCGACACAGGAGGUUGUAUGUGAAGAAGGCAACACUCAACCGUGCACACAGUUACAAUUCACCCAGCUGCCAUGCAGAGCACGCUCGCCCCUCGCCCAGGCGCCAGCCCCCGCUCCCACCCGCCACAGCUCUCGCCCCACAGGUGACAUUGCCCCACUGAAGCGUCAGGAGUGGCAUCCCCAGGUGCCGCGGGAGCUGGCUUGGCCUGAAGAAGACGCAGUUCCGGGCUCCCCUGCGCUGAAUCUGGAGCGGAAGGCGGGGCGAGCGGAGACCCAAGCCGAAAGUUCGCGAGGCGGGGAAGGGCGUCGGAACUCGAAUUGGAGCGGGUGGAACCCAGCGACCUCAGUCGGGGCCAAGAGAGGUUGUCCAGGGCGCCCAAGGGAGGUGCGCGGAGGGAGUGACUGGCGGCCCCAUCAGCCAAUAGGAGCCCGGGGCCGCCCAGGCCAGCCCUAUUCCCGCAGCCUCGGCGGCGAGUGGGCGGGGUUCGCACUGCUGCGGUGUUAGCUGGCGCCUGCGGGCGGGCAACGCGGGCGGCCGCCCAGCAGGAGAGCAGAUGCUCCCCCCAAGUCUGGGAAACGUUCGGCAAAGUCUUUGGACCGUGGGACAGCAAACUGGGGCUGGAGGAUCUGUGGGGGCUGCGGAUGUCUGGGACCUUCAGGUGCAGCUGUCCCAGGUCCUGAAGGCCUGCUCCCGAAGCCCGAGACCCAAGGGCUGGUCCCCUAAUACCAUCUUCAGGAGGGGGCCUGCAGUGAACUGUCCUCGGCUCCUCGUAUCUCUCACACCGCUCGAAGCCCUAGGGCCCGCAGUUAGCCCAACUCCACUCUCUCAACUUUUUAAUGGUGACUGGAGACAGGAGGAGAUGACUCAGCUGAGGGUACGAACGAGGGGUGAACAAAGGGUUCCCACCUGCCCUAAUGUGUAAAUCCGCGUUGGAAGUUCCCUGGCUAGGGUGGGAGAGGUGGUGGGCUAAAGGCCUGGGAGGGCAGGCUGCUCAAAGCAGGAGGAGGAGUGGAAGUUCUGGAUGGUGGCAUUUACAUCCCCUCCCCCCAAACCCAGCUCUCUGCGCAGGCUUGGAGUGCACACUCCUGAGAGGCAGAGGAAGUGAGGGUCUCCGUGUAGUUGGGACUCCAGCCCCGCACAGAAGGCUUAUGGCUCCCGGAGCACGCGGGAACCGCCUCUGGAGGGCCAGCAGUUUCGCUGUGGACGUGUAGGGCGCCCCAGCCCAGCCGCCAUGGCGCACGGUUUCGCAGUGGGCUUUGACCCACUGGGAUUAGGAGACCUUAGCUCUGGCUCGCUGAGUUCCCUCUCUUCUCGAGGCCACCUGGGCAGCGACUCAGGCUGCGCAACGCGAUACCUGCUGAGGAAGCAGCAGCGGCUGCUGAAUGGGCCCUCCCGCGGAAUCCGAGCCUCAUCACCCAUGGGCCGUGUCAUCCUCAUCAACUCUCCCAUUGAAGCCAACAGUGAUGAGAGUGACAUCAUCCACGCAGUCCGGGUGGAGAAGAGUCCAGCAGGGAGGCUGGGCUUCAGCGUGCGUGGGGGCUCUGAGCAUGGCCUGGGCAUCUUUGUCAGCAAAGUAGAGGAGGGGAGCAGUGCAGAGCGGGCUGGCUUGUGCGUGGGGGACAAGAUCACGGAAGUGAAUGGGCUGAGCCUGGAGAGCACCACAAUGGGCAGUGCCGUGAAGGUGCUGACGGGCAGCAGCCGCCUGCACAUGAUGGUGCGGCGCAUGGGCCGGGUGCCGGGCAUCAAAUUCUCCAAGGAGAAGACCACAUGGGUGGACGUAGUGAAUCGGCGGCUGGUAGUGGAGAAGUGCAGCUCAACUCCGUCUGCCAGCAGCUUGGAGGAUGGCUUGCGGCGCAUUGUCCACCUGUACACAACCUCCGACGACUUCUGCCUGGGCUUCAACAUCCGUGGGGGCAAGGAGUUUGGUCUGGGCAUCUACGUGUCCAAAGUGGACCAUGGUGGGCUGGCCGAGGAGAAUGGCAUCAAGGUGGGCGACCAGGUCCUGGCGGCCAACGGUGUCAAGUUCGACGACAUCAGCCACAGCCAGGCCGUGGAGGUGCUGAAGGGCCAAACACACAUCAUGUUGACCGUCAAGGAGACUGGCCGGUACCCUGCCUACAAGGAGAUGGUUUCUGAGUACUGUUGGCUGGACCGAUUGAGCAAUGGGGUGCUGCAGCAGCUGUCCCCCGCCUCUGAGAGCAGCUCCAGCGUCUCCUCCUAUGCCUCCAGUGCCCCCUACAGCUCGACUGGAGGCGUGAGCUCUCUGCCCUCCGACCACAUGGACGUCUGUCUGGAGCCUGAGGACCCGGGCAGCUGUGGCCCAGGCUGGGGGCGGGCGGACACGGCCAUCCAGACGGAGCCUGAUGUAGGGGGCCGCGUGGAGACCUGGUGCAGCGUGCGGCCCACAGUCAUCCUCAGGGACACGGCCAUCCGCGCCAACGGUCCCCCGCCUGCCCGCCGCCUUGACUCUGCGCUCUCGGAGUCUCCCAAGACUGCUCUGCUGCUGGCGCUCAGCCGGCCCCGGCCGCCCAUUACGCGCUCCCAGAGCCACCUGACCCUGUGGGAGGAGAAGAAACAGCGGAAGAAGAAGUCAGGGUCCCCCGGGGAGAAGGGUGCCCUGCAGCGCUCCAAGACGCUGAUGAACCUCUUCUUCAAGGGAGGGCGGCAGGGGCGGCUGGCAGGGCAGGGGCCCCGAGAGGCCCGGACGCUGGGCGGCGGGAGCUCGGCCAAGCCCCGCCCUCACCUGGACGUGGAGAAAGCCGGGGGAGUGGGGCCCGUGCAGAAGUUUGUCACCUGGAGACUGAGACGCGACCUGGAGAGAGGCCGGGCCCUGCUCUCUGCAAGGUCCGGGAGUCCCUCCGGCCAGCUGCCCAAUAUGGAUGAGCGGGUGCAGGCCUGGGAGAGCCGACAGUCCCUUAUUCAGGACCUGGCCCGGCGGCUGCUGACGGACGACGAGGUGCUGGCAAUUACCCGCCACUGCUCCCGGUAUGUGCAUGAGGGUGGUGUGGAGGACCUGGUGAGGCCCCUUUUGGCCAUUCUGGACAGGCCAGAGAAGCUGCUGCUGCUGAGGGACAUCAGGAGUGUGGUGGCCCCUACAGACCUGGGCCGCUUCGACAGCAUGGUGAUGCCAGUGGAGCUGGAGGCUUUCGAGGCCCUCAAGGGCAGGGCAGCAUGGCCUCCCGCUCUGCGGCCAGCCCGGCAGGACACACCGCCCAAGCGUCACCUCAUCACCCCAGUGCCUGACAGCCGUGGAGGCUUCUACCUGAUGCCCGUGAACGGAUUCUCCAAGGAGGACGAUGACGAGGAGCUGAGGGAGCAGCUGGGGGCCCUCAAGGUCUCACUGGGUGCCUCUGCACCCCGCCCCCACCACAAGGGGCUACUCCCUCUCCAAGAUGUGCCAGUAGAUGCCUUCGCCCCCCGCCGCAGUGCCUGCACUCCCCCUCCCCAGCCACCCCCUGUGGCUCCCAGGCCCCCGCGGCCUAACUGGCUGCUGACAGAACCCCUCAGCUGCGAGGACCCUCAGCAGACCCGGGGCCAGGGCCCCACCCGGGGCCGCAGCCGCAGCCGCAGCCACAGCCGGGGUCCAGGCAAGUCCCUGGGUCGCAGGCGUUCCCCGUCCCCAGUGCCCAUCCCCACCCCCAGCAUGGCCAACGGGCGCUACCACAAGCCUCGGAAGGCCCGGCCCCCUUUGCCACGGCCUCUGGGUGGGCAGGCAGCUGAGACGGGAGACGGUCAAGGGCCCUCUGAGAAUGGAGCUGGCGGGGGUCCCGCUGAGGAGGCAGCCCCGAAGGCCCCCAGUGGCGAGCUGAGGACAGUCACCCUGUCCAAGGUGAAGCAGUCCUUGGGCAUCAGCAUUUCUGGGGGCAUUGAAUCCAAAGUGCAGCCGGUGGUGAAGGUAGAAAAGAUCUUCCCUGGGGGAGCUGCCUUCCUCAGUGGGGCCCUGCAGGCUGGCUUCGAGCUUGUGGCGGUAGAUGGAGAGAGCCUGGAGCAGGUGACCCACCAGCGAGCAGUAGACACCAUCCGCCGGGCCUAUCGCAACAAGGCUCGGGAGCCCAUGGAGCUUGUGGUCAGGGUCCCCGGGCCCGGCUCACCACCCUUACACCUUGACUCGUCAGCCCUCAUGGGUCAGCGCCUUCCUGCUGAGCGUUCCCUUGCCCACUGACCCCCGGGGUGCUCUUCCAGUCCCCUCCUUCUGCUUCCUAGAAUCUCCCAUUAAUGCCCAGACCCCUCCCACUAACGCAAAGGCCACACCUGCUGACCUCAGUGACCCUCCUACUGGAGGUCUUCCCAUUGAUGGCAGGCCUCUCCUGCGGACCCCGGCCCAGUCCCCUCUCCAACCCUCUGGACUCCUGAUGCUAACCUCAGACUCUUCCCACUUAUCCCAUGACCCUUCCCAUGGACCCCGAGACUCCUGUGAAUCCCGGACCUCUCCUGGAGCCUCCUCAGGACUCAGGAGCUUCCCACCCUGCUUACCCUCCCUCCUCCCAGAGCUCCACACUGGGGGCUCUGAGCGUCCCACUUCCCUCCCUCCCCAGCUACCACUAAGGCUCUGCCCUUUUCAGAUAAACUUGGUGUCCAAGGACAAGGUGCUACUGGGCAGCCUGUCUCCCACACUCAUUGUUCCCCCAACUUUCUAAGUCAGAAAGAGGGUCCAGAAACUCAAGGUCUGAGCCUGUGAUUAGGGGGCACUUUCUCAUGAUUCCCUUUUGAUUCUCCCAAGCACUGAGAGACAUGGACUCUUGGGGCCCUCAAGAGGUCGUUAUGUCUACCCUCCAGUCCCAAGCAGCCUUCUGUAUGAGGGGCAGAAUGGAAGGUUCUUUUAGUCCCUUAAACCCUGAGACCAUUUCAUGUUGUGGUCUACUAGUACCUCUAGCUUUCUACUCCCAUCACCCUCUCUCCUCCUAAGACAUCUAUGAGGGGUAGAGAAGUGGCCAGCAAAGAAAGAAGGGAAGAGGGUCAAACAAGUUCCUGCAAUAUUUAUCCAGCACACUCAGUUUUUAAAAAGAAAACAUUUUUAAAAAUUUUUCUUUGGGUUUGUACAAGAAAUUUACAGUGUGAAAAAUAUACAAGUGAAAAUGAGGCCAUAAACAGAUGUGGGGGGGUGGGCACUUGGUCACAAACACAAAUAAACAAGACAUUUCUGAGUU